AUGUCUGUUUCCAUACAAGAGUUGGACAACACUGUCCGCGCCUUCUACGAGGGCAAAGGAGAUCUGCAAAAACAAGCCCAGCAAACGUUGACAGAAUUCAAGCAAAACCCCGAUGCUUGGUUGAUUGUGGGCAAUAUUCUCCAGGAAUCAUCGUACCCCCAGACUAAAUACCUCGCCCUUCAAGUUCUUGACGAUGUGAUCAUGACACGAUGGAAAGUAUUACCGAGAGAGCAGUGUCUGGGAAUCCGCAACUUCAUCGUCAAUUUCAUCAUCGAAAAUUCGAAAUCGGAAGAAAAGCUCAGAAGCGAACGCGCGUUUUUGAACAAACUCAACCUGGUUCUUGUUUCAAUUCUCAAGCAGGAGUGGCCUCACAACUGGCCAACGUUCAUCAAUGAAAUUAUCUCGUCUUGUCAUACAAGUCUCUCUAUCUGCGAAAACAACAUGGCUAUCCUUCGCCUGUUAUCGGAGGAGGUGUUUGAUUUCUCACAGGAUCAGAUGACCUCUGUGAAGGCCCGAAACCUCAAGACUUCAAUGACGCAGGAAUUUUCCUCGAUUUUUCAAUUGUGCUCCGAGGUGUUGAAUACAGCAAACCAGCCGAGCCUUGUUAAAGCCACAUUGGAAACUCUUCUUCGAUUUCUCAACUGGAUUCCUCUGGGAUACAUAUUCGAAACACCUAUCAUUAAUACGCUCUUAACGCGUUUUCUCGACGUUCCUGAAUUUCGAAAUGUGACACUGAAAUGCCUCACCGAGAUUGGAGGGUUGCAAAUUGGCAAUCCCUACAAUUAUGAUGAGAGACUAGUCCAGAUGUUCACUGAGACCUUGACGAUAGUUUCAAAAACCAUUCCCCUCUCGAUGGACCUGAAGCAAACCUAUGCGAAGAGCAAUUCAAGGGAUCAAGAGUUUGUUCUCAAUCUGGCCUUGUUUCUCUCGAGCUUUUUCAGUGCUCAUUUGAAUCUCAUCGAAAAAUUACCGAACCGGGACUACCUUACACAUGCUCACUUUUAUCUCAUCCGUAUCAGUCAGAUCGAUGAUAGAGAGGUUUUCAAGAUUUGCUUGGAAUACUGGAUCAGACUUGUCCAAGAGCUGUACGAAGAAAUGCAGCAGCUUCCAAUUACGGACAUUAAUCCUCUUGUUAGCAUGGGUGUCAGUGGCUUGUCUAAUGGAGGAGCACCACAUCCUAGCACUCUUGCUAACUAUCCCCUCCGCAAGCAUAAGUAUGAGGAGGUUUUGUCCAACUUGCGUACAGUGAUGAUUGAGAAAAUGGUUCGGCCAGAAGAGGUUCUGAUUGUUGAGAAUGACGAAGGCGAAAUUGUGCGCGAGUUCGUCAAAGAAAGCGAUACGAUUCAACUUUACAAGACAAUAAGGGAAUGCUUGGUCUAUCUGACACAUCUUGACGUUGUUGACACGGAGAAUAUCAUGAUCGAGAAAUUGGCCAAACAGGUUGAUGGAUCCGAAUGGUCCUGGGCCAAUUGCAAUACCCUUUGCUGGGCGAUUGGUUCGAUUUCAGGAGCCAUGAAUGAAGAGACAGAAAAACGCUUCCUUGUCACCGUGAUCAAGGACCUUUUGGGCCUCACAGAAAUGAAGCGCGGAAAAGACAACAAAGCUGUUGUUGCCAGUAACAUCAUGUAUAUUGUAGGGCAGUAUCCUCGCUUUCUGAAGGCUCAUUGGAAAUUUCUGAAGACGGUUGUGAACAAAUUAUUUGAAUUUAUGCAUGAGACGCAUGAAGGUGUCCAGGAUAUGGCUUGUGAUACAUUCAUCAAGAUCGCCAAUAAGUGCAGGCGGCAUUUUGUUGCUCUGCAGCCUGGUGAAAAUGAGCCAUUCAUUGAGGAGAUCGUGCGCAAUAUGAGAAAGAUCACAUGUGAUCUCUCCCCGCAGCAAAUUCAUACUUUUUACGAGGCAUGCGGCUACAUGAUCUCUGCCCAAGGUCAAAAGGGCCUUCAAGAUCGCUUGAUCGAGAACUUGAUGUCCCUCCCCAAUUCGGCCUGGGAUGCUAUCAUAUCCCAGGCGAAUCAGGAUCCGUCAAUUCUUCAAGAUGGUGAAACAAUCAAAAUUAUCGGGAAUAUUAUGAAGACAAACGUGGCGGCUUGUUCCUCUAUUGGAACCUAUUUCUAUUCUCAAAUUGGUCGCAUCUAUCAUGACAUGCUGAAUAUGUAUCGUGCUUCCAGCCAACUCAUAAAUGACGCCGUUGCGCACGAUGGUAAUAUUGCGACGAAGACACCCAAAGUUCGGGGGCUCAGGACCAUCAAGAAGGAAAUCCUGAAACUUAUCGACACUUACGUGCAGAAAGCUGACGACCUGGAAAUGGUGAACGCAAACAUGGUCCCGUCCCUCCUCGAGGCUGUUCUGGUAGAUUAUAAUCGGAAUGUCCCCGACGCCCGGGAAGCAGAGGUCUUGAACGUCAUGACGACAAUUAUCCACAAACUACACAGCCUCAUGGAGGACAAGGUGCCGUUGAUCAUGGAGAGCGUUUUUGACUGCACUCUCGAGAUGAUCAACAAAGACUUCCAUGAAUAUCCGGAGCACCGUGUACAGUUUUUCAAGCUACUCCAAGCAAUAAAUCUCUAUUGUUUCCCAGCCCUACUCAAACUUGAUGCCACGCAAUUCAAGUUUGUGAUCGAUUCUUGCAUGUGGGCUAGUAAACACGACAAUCGUGAAGUGGAGAACACUGGCCUUACAAUGUGCCUUGAGUUGAUGAACAACAUGGCUGAGACUGAUACGCAAACAUCGUCGAUCUUCUUCCGUCAAUUCUACAUCCCGAUCUUGCAAGAUGUAUUUUUCGUCCUCACAGACAGUGAUCAUAAAGCAGGAUUCAAGUCUCAGGCAAUGCUGUUAUCACGUAUGUUCUAUUUUAUCGAAUCGGGCAAAGUGCAGGAUCCUAUUUAUUCCCCUGAGCAAGCACCACUGGGAACAUCCAACAAAGACUUCUUGCAAGAAUAUGUCGCAAACCUCCUGCAGACUGCCUUCAAGAAUCUUCAAGAGGUGCAAAUCAAGCAGUUUGUAAUCGGCCUGUUCACCUUUAACGAUGACUUUAACAAAUUCAAAACUCAUUUGCGGGACUUCCUGAUCUCUCUGAAAGAAUUCGCUGGCGACAAUGCCGAGCUUUAUGCAGAAGAGAGAGAGCAGGCCCUGCGAGAUGCACAAGCUGCUGAAAGAGACCGCGCAAUGAGAGUUGGAGGUCUUCUGAAGCCGUCUGAGAUGGACCAGGAGGAUGAGCUCUGA